CCAGGCAGGGCUUGGGUCCGCGGUUGCCGGCUUGGGGCUGGGGGUCUGAGGCCGGGUCUACGCCUCUGGGCCUGGGAAGAUGGUCCUGGGGGGUUGCCCGGUGAGUUACUUACUUCUGUGCGGCCAGGCGGCUCUGCUGCUGGGAAAUCUACUGCUGCUGCAUUGUGUGUCUCGGAGCCACUCGCACAACGCCACCGCCGAGCCCGAGCUCACAUCCGCUGGCGCCGUCCACCCGGAGGGCUCCCCCGGCGCUGCGAGCUGGGAGUAUGUCGACCCCCACUCUCCAGUCAUCCUUUGCUCUUACCUACCCGAUGAAUUUAUUGAAUGUGACGACCCAGUGGAUCAUGUUGGAAACACAACAGCAUCCCAGGAACUUGGUUAUGGUUGUCUCAAGUUCGGGGGUCAGGCCUACAGAGAUGUGGAGCACACUCGCGUGCAGUGCCGGGCCCUGGAGGGAAUCGAGUGUGCCGGCACGAGGACCUUCCUCCGAGAGAACAAACCUUGUAUAAAGUAUACCGGACACUACUUCAUAACCACUUUGCUCUACUCUUUCUUCCUGGGAUGUUUUGGAGUAGAUCGUUUCUGCCUGGGUCACACUGGCACAGCAGUGGGGAAGCUCUUGACCCUCGGAGGACUUGGGAUUUGGUGGUUUGUUGACCUUAUUUUGCUGAUCACUGGAGGGCUGAUGCCCAGUGACGGCAGCAAUUGGUGCACCAUUUACUAAGAAGAGCUGCUGCUGCGGCCCAGAGAGGCAAGGCUGUUGGACUCAUCUCUGCAGGCUCAGAACUCCUGGACGUCAGGCCUGACCAGUAUUUUCCCUCGUUGGAGAGAAUGGGUUUGGUUAGGAAGGUGGCUUCAGACUGUGGAUGUUCGACCCAAAUUUGACCCUGCAGACUAGAAAUGACAAGCAGACAGUAUUGUGGCUAUCAAGUUUGUACCUUUCCUCGUGUACCAAAAAUAUAAAGGCUAGUGAUUAACUUAUAAGCUGCAGAAGCAUCUCCUUAUUCUUUAUUUCUGUGUGCUGCUAUGUCAUCAAACCUUUGGAGCAGUUGGACCCAACAGGAUGUUUUUGGCCUGUGCCUUUGUGACCCUGAGUCUUCGUGCAGUGGAGGUCAGAAGCUGAACCAACAAAAAUGUCCAGCAGAAGUAGACACAACAGUCGAUUUUAAUACAUGCUGAAAUUCUGACUUUCUGAGUUUAAAUUGCGGAAUGAAUGUUGCCAACCUGGAAUGCU